UCAGCAAUCUUUCCUUCCAACCACCAUGGGCCUCACUCUCGAACUUGGAACUCCCGUCAACACUGCCCUUUUCCUCUUCAUAUUAUACUCCGUCCAGCGCAUCGUCUUUCCUUCCCCCUCCACCGCUGCUAAAGGUGCUGUUCCCAAUGAAUUCAAAGGCGGCUACUCGUGGAUGCCGAAGUACCAUCCGCCAACCGUGAUUUUCGAAAACUUCACGCCAAAGACGCUGCAACCUUUCAAUGGCAAAGACAACGAAAGGAUUCUGCUGGCGAUCAAUGGAAUCGUUUUCGAUGUUACCGCCGGAAGGAGUUUUUAUGGCCCUGGCGGUAUGUAUGGAAAUUUUGCCGGACGCGAUGCGUCAAGGGGAAUGGCGAAGCAGUCGUUUGAUGUCGAGAUGCUUACACCCAUUGAUCAACCUCUGGACAAGCUCGAAGAUCUAAAACAGGACGAAAUCGAUAACAUGAAAGGCUGGAUCGACCAUUUUUCGAACAAGUAUAUCAUUUGUGGCAAGCUCGUAGAGAACGACGCUGCCUAAAUGCUUCUGCUCUUUUGCAUAUAUUACAUCUACGAUUGUACUAACACCGCCAAUAUUGAAGUUGCUUUCUUGCACACUAACGACGACGCUUACGAAGUCCUUGACGUCGAUACCGUAGUAUCGGAAGAACUGCGAUACGCAUCCAACACUUUU